AUGCGGCUGACAGGCACAGGAACGACAGGCCAUAACAUGGUCAACCCCGAAAAGAUGGCGGACGAGCACACGCCUCUGAUCUCGACCGUGAGGACCGCGCCACCACGCCAGCGCUAUCCUCACCAUGUCGUGCGACGCUUCUGCACCAUCGCCAUAUCCUGUAGCCUCAUUGCCUUGUUUACCACAUUUCUUUUCUCCUUCGGGCUUGAUCGUCAUGGUCACGAAUGGGAAUUCUCUUGGCCCUCGUGCAAGGACCGGCACCUGACCUACGAGGAACUCAAGGAGAUCCUGCUCGAGACACCAAGCAGUGAGAGGGCCGAGGAAUGGCAGAAGUAUUACACCGAGGGCGCUCACUUGGCGGGCCAGAACUAUUCUCAGGCGCUGUGGACCAAGGAGAAGUGGGCAGAAUGGGGCAUCGAUUCAUCAAUUGUCACAUACGACAUCUAUCUGAACCGGCCCGUCGACCACCGCCUGACAGUUCUCGGCAAGUCAGGCUCAGGUGACGCCUCGGCAUGGAAGGUAUCAUUCGAGGCUUCACUUGUUGAGGACGUCCUUGAGGAAGACCCCACUACUGGAUUCAACACGAGCAUCCCGACAUUCCACGGCUACUCUGCCAGUGGCAAUGUGACAGGCCAGUUUGUCUACGUGAACUAUGGAACGUAUCAAGACUACGAGGAUCUCGUCAAAGCUGGCAUUGACUUGGAGGGCAAGAUCGCGAUUGCUCGGUAUGGUGGUAUCUUCCGGGGCCUGAAGGUGAAGCGGGCCCAGGAGCUGGGUGCCGUUGGUGUGAUCCUCUACUCAGACCCCGGCGACGAUGGUGAAGUCACCGAAGAGAAGGGCGUCGAGAAGUACCCCAAGGGCCCCGCGCGUCAGCCCAGCAGUGUGCAGCGCGGAAGCACCGAGUUCUUGAGCUUCGCCCCGGGUGACCCGACCACUCCUGGCUAUCCCUCGAAGCCUGGCGUUCCUCGUGGUCCUACCGAGCCGUAUAUCCCGAGUAUUCCCAGCAUCCCCAUCUCCUAUAAGGAUGCAUUGCCCAUUCUCAAGGCUCUCAACGGCCACGGGCCAUCUGCCAAAGACUUCAACAAGUACUGGAAAGCGGACUUGGGUCUCGGGUACAAAGGCGUGAACUACAGCGUCGGCCCUUCACCUGAAAACGUUGUUAUCAACCUGUACAACGAGCAGGACUACAUCAUCACACCUAAUUGGGAUGUCAUUGGUAUCAUCAACGGUUCCAUCCCCGAUGAGGUCAUAGUCGUUGGGAACCAUCGUGAUGCAUGGAUUGUUGGGGGUGCAGGUGACCCCAACAGUGGAUCGGCUGUUAUCAAUGAAGUCAUCCGCAGUUUCGGAGAGGCCCUCAAGAAGGGCUGGAAGCCGUUGCGAACGAUCGUGUUUGCUUCUUGGGACGGGGAGGAGUAUGGUCUACUGGGCAGUACCGAGUGGGUGGAAGAGUACCUGCCAUGGCUAUCGCACGCCAACGUUGCCUAUCUGAAUGUCGACGUUGGAGUACGGGGACAAGACUUCCACGCAUCAGCGGCGCCCCUCCUCAACAGCGUCCUUUACGACGUCACUGCUCAGGUGCAAUCACCUAACCAGACUGUCAAGGGCCAGACCGUCUACGACACCUGGAACAAGAAAAUCAGUACCCUGGGCAGCGGAAGUGACUACACGGCAUUCCAGGACUUUGCUGGUAUCCCUAGCAUUGAUUUCGGGUUCGGCGCCGGCUCCAAGGAUCCAGUCUACCACUACCACUCCAACUACGAUAGUUUCCGCUGGAUGUCUGAAUUCGGUGAUCCGGGCUUUGUCUAUCAUCGAACCAUGUCGCAGAUCCUUGCGCUUACCACGGCCAAACUCGCCGACGAGCCGGUGCUGUCCUUCGAGGCGGCCACCUACGCCACGGCUCUUGACAAGUACGUCAGCAGGGUGGAAGAGAAGCUGGCGGCCGCAGCCAUUCAGUCCAAGCCCACGGACAAGGACGAAAUUCUUGCGAUGCGCGGGAGUGUCAUCCGCCUGGAGGCUGAAGCCACAGGUGAGGCUGAUGGCUUCCGCAGGAGCCUUGUGAAGCUGCAUGAGGCGAUCGCUGGCUUGGUGACCGAGGCGAGCAAGUUGGACGCCAAGAAGGCUGAGCUGCAGGAGGAAGUCAGCAAGGAGAUCCCGUGGUGGAAGUGGCCGAAGAAGCUGAGGCUCGGCUACGAGAUCCGCAAGGUAAACACAAAGUACAAGUACUUGGACAGAGAUUUCAUCUAUCCAGAGGGGCUGGAUGGGCGUCCCUGGUUCAAGCACAUUGUCUUUGCACCAGGCUUAUGGACUGGCUAUGCUGGAGCUGUCUAUCCGGGUCUGGUGGAGAGUAUCGACGCGAAGAACUAUACCAAUGCAGUCCGAUGGUCUGGUAUCAUCGAAGACUCCGUCAAGAAGGCUACUGCCAACAUCAAGGUUGGUCACCACGGCUAG